CGCUGCCCCAGCGCCACGCAGCCACCGCCGCCACCGCCACCUCUCCUUAGUCGCCGCCAUGAGGACCACGUCCACCUCGCAGGUGCGCCAGAACUACCACCAGGACUCAGAGGCCGCCACCAACCGCCAGAUCAACCUGGAGCUCUGUGCCUCCUACGUUUACCUGUCCAUGUCUUACUACUUUGACCGUGACGAUGUGGCUUUGAAGAACUUUGCCAAAUACUUUCUUCACCAAUCUCAUGAGGAGAGGGAACAUGCUGAGAAACUGAUGAAGCUGCAGAACCAACGAGGUGGCCAAAUCUUCCUUCAGGAUAUCAAAAAACCAGACUGUGAUGACUGGGAGAGUGGGCUGAAUGUGAUGGAGUGUGCAUUACAUUUGGAAAAAAAUGUGAAUCAGUCACUACUGGAACUGCACAAAUUGGCCACUGACAAAAAUGACCCCCAUUUGUGUGACUUCAUUGAGACACAUUACCUGAAUGAGCAGGUGAAAGCCAUCAAAGAAUUGGAUGACCAUCCGUGGGGUGACUUCCCUGGUUACCAAGGCAGUGCAUGCAUGUUGGGGUUUCCUUUACCUUUUCUAUAAGUUGUACCAAAACAUCCACCUAAGUUCUUUGAUUUGUACCAUUCCUUCAGAUGAAGAAAUUUGGUACCCCCCCCAAAAAAUGUA